AUGGUUGACAUGUCUGCACAAAAUGCCACGUCACGGGACAUAUUGGCGGAGUUGAAAAAGCGAGAUCCGAACAACGUGAGCACCAUCAGAACCAUUUAUAAUGCACGCAAGAAGCACAAGACCUCUGAGAGAUUUGGUCAAUCACAAAUGCAAGUUGUGUUCUUAUUCCUCAACGACCAAGAAUACUUUUUCGAUUAUCGAGCAAACCAUGCAACCAAUGAGCUCGAAGAUUUGUUCUUCACACAUCCUGGCUCGCUAGAUCGAUUGCGUGCAUUCCCACACGUGUUGUUGAUGGAUGCGACAUAUCAGAGCAACUGGUAUGGGUUGCCUCUCCUUGAAAUUGUUGGUGUUACCUCAACUAGUCAGACUUUUUGCAUAGCGUUCUCAUAUUUACACUCAGAAAAAGAGCCCAGUUAUACCUGGGCUAUGGAAUGUUUGCGAUCUGCAAUGCAUGGAUGCACUAGCCCACGAGUUAUCGUUACGGAUAGAGAAUUGGGGCUGAUGAAAGCCUGUGCUCAGGUAUUUCCCGAGGCUUCGAAACUACUCUAUAGAUGGCACAUCUAUCAAAGUAUUUUAACUAAAUGCAAGCCAUCAAUGCAAGACAAUAGAGUUUGGAAUGCAUUUUACCUCAUGUGGACUACGGUGAUCGAGUCUGAAAAUGAAAGCGCGUACAUGAGUAAUAUGGCACGCCUUCAAGUAGUCUUACAGAAGUUCCCGACAGUGAUAAAAUAUCUUAAAGAUGUGUGGUUGACACUAUAUAAAGAGAUGUUUGUAUCUGCCUGGAUCGACAUAUAUCUGCAUUUCGGGAACCACACAACUAAUAGGGUCGAGAGUCAGCAUGCUAAGCUGAAAAGAUAUUUGUGCUCGUCACAGUCAGACUUGGAGAGAUCCAUGUCGUGGAUUCAUCAGGUUAUCUUGUCUCAGGACAUAGCUAUCAAACCUAGCAUUGAGAGAAGUCGAUCCAUCAUCCAACACCAAUUCAAUAUACCGCACCUUCGGGAUUUAUGUGGUUUUGUUUCAAUCGAGGCGUUGAAUUUGAUGUUGAUUGAGUUUGAGUGGUCAAAAGAUGUUGGACAGAUUGCUUACAAAUGUGGAUGUCACCUUCGUAGGACCUAUGGACUACCGUAUGCUCACGAACAAGCCAUGUACGUGAGCGAAGGUCAUACUGUACCGCUUGAUGCCAUUGAUAAAUUUUGGAGAAAGCUUGAUCUAAUGCAAUGUCAGUCGCUUGAAGAGGAUGACAUCGACUGUUACGCUGAUGUACAAAUGUUCACAGAACAUUUCAAGCAGCAACCAAGAUAUGUAAAAGUCAGUUGGCUAAGGAAAUUGAGGGAAAUAUUCAAACCUUCAACAACUUCUCUUCGUGAACCGGCUGUGGAGACCAACACUAGAGGGCGUUCGUCCAUAAAGAAAAAGGUAGCCACCACCACUCGUAACAAUCCAACUGCAUAUGUUGUUGAUGGGAGUGAUUUUGUUCAGUCGCGGGAGCUCACAGACACAGUUCCUCAUCCGGACAGCCCGAAUCAAAGAUUUUUUAGUACGAUUUUUUCCAAUCUUAUGAACCAGAGAGACACAGUUGUUCCUCAAUUUACAAUACUCACUGUGUGUCUUGGUCAUGGGGAAGAUGAAUGGCCCAAUGUUCGGUAUAAUCUGAUGGCAGAGUUGGACGCAUUUUGGAACAAUAUGUCGAAAUACUUGGAGGUGAAGGAGUGCAUACAGUCUCCUCCAUCACCUUAUCAGCGCGUUGUCAUCGUUAUAGGGCACGUAAAUGGUAAUCACUACGUCAAAGUUGGUUUGACAAGGGAUCAGCCAAUGUCUCCCAUCACACCUGAAUGGGUUCAUUGUAGGCAUACUUGCGCAUCUGCAUGGGCGACUCCGUAUGUGGAAUGA